AUGGCCCUGCCCUGUCUGAAGCAUCACGGGAGCUCAGCCGUGCCGUGUCCACGACACUCUUGGCUGAUGCCCUCGACACUGGGUUCGAGUCAAGAACGACGAUCAUGCACCCCGUGUGUUGCUUGUCUUAUUGACAACCCAUCGGAUGCGUUCCUCACCACUCCCUCACCAUCACGCCUCCUUUCCCUCACCAUCACGCCUCCUUUCCCGUCUGUCUCUCAACGCCGCCUCAUCUAUCCCGUCUCUGUCAAAGACAAUCAAAGAUGCAUAUUCGCCUACAAUUUCCUCUUUCUAAAUCGCUCACACCAUCUGCUCAAUGUCGGCUUCUUCCGCGAAGAGCCCACUCAAACCCCAACCUGCAAACAUCUCUUGGCCCUUUCGUCACACCUCCCUGGUUGGAAGCGCUCCACCUGCGUGUUUGCCUUGGCAUGUCCUUCUACGGGCUUCCCCGACACUGCCCACACGUCUUGGAUCUCGGAUGUCUUUGAUGUCCCAAACCCCGAGACAUUGAGACUCUCUUUCGUCAAGGUGGUGAUCCUCCGGCUGCCAAGCAAGUCACCACAUGGUACAACAAAGUCACCGCCGGAUAGUCUUUGA